GGAAGGAAGUAAAAUUAGUUUAAUGCUUACCGCAGCUACAGAAAUAGUUGUUUUAAUAUUUCUUUUCAUUUUACACACAUUUAUUUUCGGUGUUUCUUUCAACGGGAAAUUAUUUGUCGUGUUGCGGACUACUUAGCAACAAUUAUUUGAGCAAAAUAAACAGAGACAUUUUUCAAUCUGAAAUUCAACACUAGGUCAGUUUGACCUUUAAAUAUCAGCUAAAUAUGGCAGUAUCAGGUAGAAAGGUUGCCGAUUUUCAAAGUUCCAUAUCCAAAGGCUCAGCAGAGGACUUUGAUCAUAGAUGUGAACCAUGUUUGGCGAUUGGUCAGCAAAUAGAAGCUCAUGGAUUUUGUGUGGACUGUCAAGAAUAGCUGUGUAAGAACUGCUUUGCUUAUCAUCAAAGGUUAAAGGCGAACAAAUAUCACCACCUUGUAAACAAAGAUAAAAUGGAUAAACAUGCUGUUAGCAAGGAGUCAGACGAAUGCACUGAGAAGUGUCAAAUGCACAAAAAGGAAGUAAUUAAAUUUUUCUGCCCAAAACACGAAGCUCUCGGCUGCAACGAUUGUAUCGUCUUGAAUCACAGAGCAUGUGAUAUUGACUAUAUACCUGAUAAAUGUGCAAGUAUUGGGGACAGUGCAGAGUUCAGAGAGUUACUAAGCGAGCUUGAUCAAAAAGUAAAUGAGGCUGAUAAUAUUAUAAAGCAGGCUUCAGAUAGAGAAAAAGAAUUAUAUUCUUGCUAUGAUAAGCUACUCAAAGAAAUUACAAUGUUUCGCAAAGAGAUAAAUGAUCGCUUAGACCAACUACAGAAGCAAAUCCAGACAGAUGCUGACAAAAUGAAGUUCACAGAUAAACAAGCAGUAAAGAAAAUGCUUGAAACAUGUACAAACAUUUCUUCAGAUACCAAACAACUACAGUCAAGACUACAAGAUUACAAAGCCUCAAAGCAGAAUGGACAACUUUACAUUACAAUGAAACAAGCUAAAUCCAAACUAAAGUCAGACGAAAUUAAGGAGGCAGACAGAAGCUUAGAAAAGACAAACAUGCAAUACACAUUUGUGCAAAACCAAGACCUGACAAACGUGCUUUCAAGACAAGAUGCAUUUGGAGAGCUCAUUCUCUCUUCUUCUGUUGUACCUUUAAAGGAGAGGAAACCAAUUAACAAAUUAACCCACAAAGAACAUAUAAAUAUAAAGACAAAAUCAAAUCAGACUCAUUGUUGGACCACAGGAUGUGUUGUCCUGUCCUCUAACAAAAUUGUGCCUGCUGACUAUAACAAUGAGAAACUGAAAGUUGUUGACAUAAAAGAUAAAACUGUAAUAAAAGAGACAACUCUUUCUUCAAGCCCACGGGACAUUGCAGUAAUGCCCCAGGACCAUAUUGCUGUGACGAUGCCAAUCAAGAAAAAAAUCCUUAUAAUGACAACAGCUGGUAAACUGUCAACUGUCCGUAGGUGUCCAGUCAAAGGAGACUGUAGAGGAAUAGCUUUUCAUGAGGGUCAUCUCUAUCUUGUUUGCCGUGAUCCGGAGUGUUUAUUUAUUACAGAUACACAAGGUAACGUCCAAAGCACAAUUAAACUGGAUAAGAAGAUAUUUUUUGAUCCAUACUACUUACUGCUGGGUAAGGAUCUGAGACAUAUCUUCAUCAGUGACGAGUAUAACCACAGUGUCGUCAGUAUAACAUUACAAGGUGAUAUAUCAGCUGAAUACAAAACCAAAGACAUUAGAUACCCUUGGGGAAUGGUGAUGCUAGACGAUGGAUCCUUGCUGGUGAGCUGCAGUGCAAGAAAUGGCAGCAUACAUCGUAUCUCAGGGGAUUUGAAGCAAGGUCAGACAAUGAUAGAUAAUCUGUGUUUACCACAGUCUAUGUGCUAUAAUUGUGAUCAACAUGAGGUCUAUGUCGGAUGUUCGGGUGAUCAGAUAAUUGUGUUGAGUGCAAAAUAAUAAGGGGGUUUUUUGGACACAGAAAACAUUUUGGAUAAUGCAAAAGUAUAAUAUUGUGUCAAACAGUAGUGAUAAACAAAAACAAUUUAUAAAUGACAUUUUAAGCGGUUGAACCCUGACUGAAAUAUUAAUAAUUCUGGUCUGCAUUAAAAUAUUCUAACCUCUUUUAAUACAACCGUUAAUUAUCAAUGUUGUACAUAUAUUACAAAUAAUUGUUUUCAGGGGUCAACCCAGGAUUUGGUUUGGGUGCGUGAAGGUUUUAGGGUGUCCGAGGGUAUCUACCUUGGUAAUUUUCUGUCAAGUAAACCUCAGAUGGUGCAAUUUGAGAUAUACUUGACAUAGUUUGAGUAUGAAUAGUUUACUCCUUUUAUUGAGAUUUUAUUCAACAAAAUUAUUAAAAGGGGUAAUUUGUCCGCCUUUGUGUGGUCUGCAAUAGGGACUUUAUCCGUAGUGAUUUUGUCCUACCUACCUUAAUUUUAGGUUGUCUAAAACGUAUGCUCGUCGGAUUUUCGGGUCGCACUUCAGUUGAUCCAGCCUUUUCUAUUACAGUCAAGCUUAGGUUUAGCCUUUGACGGCUUAUUUAAUGAUAUAUUCAUCUUUAAAGUUUUCACCAUUUAAACAGAUAAUUUCAUUGAGUUAUUGACAUUCCUCCUACUAUCAAUUUGUACAGGAUUUCACACAUCAAAGGUCAAGUUUAAAUAUUUACACUUAGAGACAUUUUCUUAAUUUGCUGUCAUUUUAAGGAAAAAGUAUUAUUGAUCAAAUAUCAUUUAUAACUUCUCUAAAAAACUGUAUUUGUUGGCUUUGUAAAACACAUUUGCAACACUUAUAUGUAGAUUUUCAAGAUUUUUAUACUCACUAAUGCGGCUAGUUAUAAAGAUAAAGUUUACUUAUCAAUCAUCCUGUUUAUAUACUGUAUUUCAUUAGCUGAAGGGUCAUAAUAACUUAUAAAGUAAAAUAAUCGUUCGAAAUUUUCAUAAUAACACGUUGCUGUGAUGUAUGUUGUAAAUAUUUGACUGAGUAUAAUAUAGUGUAAUGUCCAUUUUCAGACAAGUCCUUGUUAAUAUCUAAUUUAUCAAGAUUGAUAAGUUAAGUAUAUUUAAUCAUAAAAGUACACAAUUAAAUCUCUAACAUAAAUUGGCGUUAAUUGCAUGGUUGUAAAAUGGGAUCUAUUUCAAAAUUACAGAAGCACAUGACCAUUUAACGCUUCAAGUUAUUUGAUCCACUCUUGAGUUCGCUUACUGGGAAAAAAAAACAGUACUGUUGUCAAUGAAGGUGUGUUUAUGAAGCCAGUGGUGCUCGAAAUCACGACACGUAGGUUGAGUUGACGGCACAUUAACCGCUAGAUGGCCGCUCCCGUUUAAUAUGUCAUAUGGAAACUUUUCAAUUUUUCACGGUAGAAGAAGACCACAGGUGCCUCUCCGUGCAUUAAUUUAGGCAAGGUGGCCUUCUAAGUAGAAGCCAACUGGGUGAAAGAAAGAAUUCUACACCCUACCACCAUAGCGGUGAGGAAUGGCCGUAAUAAACACCUUAUCAUUAUAGCGAAGUACGCUGAAAAUUUAAGCAGAUUUAUAGUCCUUGAUUAAUAAAUGUUUUACUUGUCUGAAGAUUUUUAAUAGGACUGGUCGAAUUCGACAGCCAAUUUUGCAAUGAAUAAUUGCUGAUAAAAUAUUGAAUGACCGGAAUAGUUUAAACAAUAAUGAGCAUUUAACACAAAAGCUAUUUUUUUUUAAUUUACAAUUUGAGAGAACACUAUAAAGGAAGUUUAUGGCUCUUUAACUAACAGAACAAACCUCUCAAACAAUAAGAAGGGAAUUUCUCAUUGAAGGUUAAUUAAAGUGCUGAAUGAUAUUCGUAAGAAAUUCGUAUAAUGGUUUACAUGAUAUUUGUGUACAUUGAUAAAAAAGACAAUGGAGACUUAAAAGCUUCUAAAUUGCUUAAUAUACUAACAACUGAAUACAAAACACUAUGAUCAACCACCGAUUUUUGAUAAUAGGUCAAUAUUUUUUCAAUUGUUCUUUUUGUAAAACUAUACCCGUGUAUGUGACAAAUCUAGGAUUGAAUAACGUUAUACAUUAUAUUGUUAAACAUGAUUUAUUUAUAGACUUGCAUGUGUUCUAAAAAAAGUAGGUGAAUCCCCUAUCGGAAAUAUAUUUCGUCUAUAAUGACAUGCAUAUGGACGGUGAUAUUCGUCGUAAUAUUGCUAAAUUGUAUAAUUAUUUGCUAUAAAAGAUUUAAUUCACCGAGUUUUAAAGCACUUUCAUUCUAUCUCGGUUAUUACUUAAUUGAUUUCAUCUAAACUUCUAUCAGUUGCCCCAUACCAUCACCCGUAUCAUAUUAUGCAAAAUUAAUAACCCUGGUUAACUUCAGGUUAAAGUUUUGAUUCAUUUUAAAUCUACUGAAAACUGAAUUAUUUGAUUAAACGCCUAUUUUUAUACGAUGGUAUAUGCAAUGGCAUUGUACAUAAUAAUAAUAAUAAUUAUUAUUAUCAUAACUAUAUUAAUAAUGAAAAUAAUACUAACAGCAUUAUUGUAACAAACAGUCAUGACCGCACCAUUGAGGUCAUUUAAAACCCCAUUUUGCGAAUACCAGUGCUUAUAGCAUCACAUGGUACGCCCAGACGAGUUUCAUAUAGAGGUUCAAACUCCCCGGUUAAUGGUGCCAUCAUAUACUAUUUAAGAAAGAUAUACAAACUACCCUACCCAUAGAGCCUUACCAAUAAGUGUGUUUAAUUAAUCAAACCUUGGAAAUAUAAAUGCUGAAAUGUAAAUUCUUUUACGAAAAUUUUAAUUUAAAAUAAACAGUUAUCAAAAAAAUUAAAACAAUGCCGCGAAAUCUCUGAAAUACAGUGUUUUAAGAUUUUUCUGAAGGGGUCAAGUGAUUUACUUUGGCGUAGUUCUAACGGCAGUUCAUUCCAAAGUGUUCGACCAAUAGUACAGAAACUUUUAUUAUUGAAUGUUUUUCACUUGUUGUAUGGAACAGUAUAACGACAUUCAAAAUCUA